AUGGAGGGUGGUCGCCUUGGGGUUCAUGGAGUGAAUGUAGCCAACUCUGUAAUAAUGGCACAAAAGACCGCACACGAAGUUGCACGGAUCCAGCUCCCAGCGGUGGAGGUAGUUACUGUCCUGGGCAAUCUCAAGACACCCAAUCCUGCAACACAGACAGAUGCUCGGGUCAGUACAAUUAACUUAAGUUAGUUGUUACUUUAAUUUACGGUCGGUAGAGUAGUGUCUGUGUGAGAGCGAAAACAAAAUUCCAGGUGGUUGGGGGCAUAUUAUUUUUGUUAUUAUUAUUAUUUUCUUUUCCGAGACUGUUUAAUUCUUGUUCCUUGUAAAUGAUUACUUUGAUAACAGAAUAAUAUAUUUAGAUCCUCUUCUUAAUCGUGGAAUGUUUUACUCACUGCAAAGAAACUAAAACCUUGGCCAGAAAGCUAUUCCACUUCAGCGUUACCAAUUCUAUAUACACAUUUGAGAGAACUUAAUCAGUUAUUUAAUACCUAAUCGUUUUAGUAUCAAUCUGGUAAGGAUUGACUACGAGUAACGUAGCCUAUCAGAUUGCAGCAAUUGUGAUAGCAAGCUAAUAGAAAAAAUUGAAAUCCUACUAAAAGUCAAUUUAUGUGCAGUUCUUGACAAACCUAUCUCAAAUAUGACAGAAUUCUUUAAAGUUUGCUUUAUUAGCUUUAAUAUAAGAUUAAUGAUGUAUAUCAUGUAUAUCCCUCAUCCCCUCUUUUUCUUUCCAAAAUGGUAAUUUUGAUGACAAAUGCGGCCAUUAAAAGCGUUCUUCACCUUUCAGAAAAAAAGAUUUAAGGGCUAACAGUCACUUAUUUCCCGAAACGAAUUGCUUAAUUACUUGUUCACCGUGUUCCAAUCCUGUAACUAGGAUAGUAGGUGGCAAAAGCGCCACAAGGGCCUUCCUAGUUAAGACUGAAUUUUUUUUCUUUUUUUUUUCUUCUUUUCGAUGAAUUUAAACUAAGUGUCCUACUUAUGGUAAACAAAAAGUUAUGGGAAUCCGAGACUAAGCAUUGUCAUUAUACAUUUGAAAGAGAGGUUACAGCGUUUACAAAUUAUAGCUGCAAUCUUUGUCACGUGUUACGAGGUAACGCUUCUUCCAUCAACAUCUUCUUUCAACGCCCUCAGAUCUCUGCUCGAAACUGAAACCAUGUGAUCAUAUUUGCACCAACUUGAAAGGAGGGGGCUAUACGUGCAGCUGCUAUCCUUGUUAUACCCCAUCAGGAGGAAAAUGUAAUCUGCCGCAGUGUAAAAUAAGAGGCAACUGUUAUCCUUACAAUUAUGUCAAUCCAGGCAAUUCCUGUCAGGUGAGAAAUAUAUGUUUAGCUCCGUUCCUCAAAGCUGCAUUCUGAAAUAUCACAUUGUCAUAACGAUAAAAACCACCUAAUUACUCGAUGAAUGAAUGUUUCUCAGGAAACAUUUACCCAAAUGACAUUUAUCGAUUGAUAGGGAUGUGUGAUACUCACAUAGACUUGCCUAGUCGAGUACGAGCGUUGAAGUGAACUUCCAAAUAUGGAUCAUCAAAUUUCUUUAUUUGAGGACACUAUUGAAAAGUUAACACCACUUAUUUCUUUCGAGCAAUUCGCCUUCGGUGGAACGCUGAACAAAUGAAUUUUAUAGCCCAUGCAACAAAUCCCAGUUUCACAAUUACCCACAUUUCCAGACAUAAUUAGUUUGGACACUUUUUCUUGUACUAUUGCUCUUCCAAUGUUUGCGUCUUGUCCAUGAAGUCUCGUGGGCCAAUAUUGAAAGGGCCAGGGAUAGCAGAAACGAUCUAAAAUUCAUGAGCAUGCUUAAAUGAAAUUGGUGAAAAGAAUGUUCUUGAUAGGAAAUCAACAAACUAAGAAGUAUUUCACUAACACAAUGUAUCAAUGAUUUUAGUAUUAUUUUUCUUUAGAAAUGUGUCAGCUCCAGCAAGACAUCAUGGACAAACGAUGAUGCUCUUGCAUGUAACGAUGGCAAUGUAUGCACCUCUGACGAUCGCUGCUCCGGUGGAAAAUGCGUUGGUACGCAACUCAACUGUUUGGCGUCAUGUGAGGAGUGUUACAAUGAUGCCUGCCGAGUAAAAUCAGGAUACUGCGUAAUCUUUGAAAGAGGGUCGAAAACAUGUUUUACUAAUGGAGAUUCGAGGCCGGGGCGUCCAUGUCAGGUAAUGUUAGUUAAAGAUGUGAACUUUUUGAAGUCACCAUGCUAUUAUAUAUCCUUGAGAACCAGCGAGUAAAGUAGUCCAUUAACCCAUCACCAAGAAACUUAAGAUCACUGAAGUGCCUCUUGAAAAUAAGACUGCUGAGUAAUUAAUGUUUCAUUGAAUUCCAACUAGCGACUAAACAAAUCUGUAAUCGUUUGACAUUGUGAGAGACUUUGAAAGGAGGGCAAUCCAAAUUCAAACCUUUGGGUUGUGUCACAUUAUUUUUGUACUUGGAAAGUGGAAUCGGAGGAGCCAUUGGAGCUUUCGCCUUCCAACGCUGCAGCCUAGCCUCGAUUCCUGACUUUAACGUAUGCGUGAUUUAAUUAUGCUGUUCGUUCUCUUCCUUGCUCCAAAUGCUUUUCUUCAGUUGAGUUUUUUUUCGCUUUUCUACCACCUACAAAAUUCGAUUGAAAGUUGCUUAGUUUGACGUGAACACACCAACGAUGGACAAAGUUCUACCCUAACUUUGUAUCUCUCUCUUAAUAUUAAUCAAUCUGAGAGGAUAAUAGAGAGGCCAUUUCUUCUUCUUCUUGGGAGGCUCAAUCAAGCUGUUGUUUUUUAUAUUCCUUUUACAGAAAUGCGACACUAGUAAAAGUGUAAGUACAUGGUCAGACAAUGACGGGGUAGCGUGCAACGAUAGUGACCGCUGUACUCGAAAUGAUAAGUGCAGUAAUGGCCAAUGCAGGGGCGCACUUCUCAGCUGUAACUCCAUAUGUCAGUACUGUAAUGGGAACAGUUGUGGCCUAAAGGCUGGGUACGGCUUUUCCAACAGCAAAUGCAAAUGUAAAAUGAACGGUGAGACUUUCUUUUUUUUAAAUUUCCUUUUAAGACUUACUCAGUAAUGCAGAAAAUUCAAAAGACCGAGAGAAAAUGGCGCGACUUCAAGUGGUCUUCAGUACACCAGACUAUCACUACAUGGGAUUAUUAUUUUCUCUUGUUGGUUAACUUAUAAAAGUGCAUGAGCUUGAACAUGAAAGUGAUCUUCGCAGUAAAUAAUCACCACUGAAUCCUAUAUGGGAUUUGAACCCAUGACCUCUGCGAUACCGGUGCAUUGCUCUAUCAACUGAGUUAACAAGCCAACUGGGAGCUGGUCAUUAUGUUGGUUUGUAUUAAACCUGUGAAGCGACGAAUCAAUCAAGAGAGUAAGCUCAGUAUUAAAGAUUUUGAAUACAUGAAAAUCAUACAUGUGAACUGCGGAUUAAGAACUGAAUAUGAAAGCGAUCUUCGCAGUAAUGAGCAUUAUUUAAGCAGUAGUGAUAAUAAGCCAGCUCUCGGCCUAGUUAAUUAGCUCGGUUGGGAAAGCACUGCACUGCACGUAGUGUUCAUUUCUGUGGAGAUAGCUUUCAUAUUCAUUUCUCAUUACGCAUAUCAUAUAUAUGAUUUUCACAUAUUCACUAUCAUUAAUACUGAGCUUACUCUCUUUCCAUUCAUUCAAGGUAAUUAUGUUUCAGGGGGUAAUGAUAGCUGUGAAACUUAAAAUCGAAAAAAUCGCUGAAAGGCUAAAAGGGCCUUUAUGUAAAUUGUAAGACAGCUUUUAAAGGAGAAAAAAACCGAUUUUUAAUUCCAGGUCAAGACUAUGAUCAUCACGCCUUAAAUCCAUCAAAUCCGUGUCAACGGUGUGAUUUGUUAGAUGCGGCAGCCCGCGCUGGCAAUACAUGGUCCGAUCACAACGGUGCACAUUGCGAUGACAACGACAAGUGUACGAAAGGGGACGUGUGUAAUGGUGGAAGGUAUUUUUUUUUUCAACGAUUAUCGUUUUGGAAGGACACUAAUCGAGGUGCUAGUUGUCAGCCUACCCAUUGUUAAUGUUCUAGUCAAUCAAAGGUAGUCUGUUCACACGCCUGCUAUUUUCUUUGGGAUCGUUGUCAGGCGCACGCGCAAUGUGUCCCUAUCUUUCAUGUAUAUGGAUAUGUACAGAUUUAGCCUUUGUUUCUUGGUUUUUUAGUUGCAAAGGACAGAGAUACAGGUGCCAAUUGUCUUAUCCAUCCUCGAGCUGCAUAAGAACAUCUGAAUGUGUUGGAGAUGGAAGUUGUCGGGAUAUUAUGAGGACAAAUGGGACAGUAUGUCGAUCUGCUGUUGACAUGUGUGAUCAACCCGAAAAGUGAGUGCAUCAAUAUUAUCAAUGUGCACAAAGAAUUCUCCCUGAGCCCUUACGCAGUUUGAGACUGCUGGUUGCAUGAAUUUAAAAAGUGUACACGUAUCGUUCGUGCCACACAAGAUUAGGAGGAUCAUCUUAAGCACACACAAUUUUUCGACACUUUCAGGAAAACAGUGAAUCAGAGAAACUUCUUGAACGAGAAUUGAGAUACACGCUCAGCUAUGAUGACGGUUGAAAAGGAAAUCAAACGGAUAUUACACGGCGGCAGCGAGCAAUUGUCUAAGAGAACAUUGAAGUAAACAACUAAAAUUUUUUUUUUAAGCCCAGAGUUGUUUCACUGGUAAAAAUUAAUGAACACAUGCCAUUUUCCCGUAAAGUCUAGCUGUUGUUUUCCCGAUAACACGAGUUGCGUUGACUUAAAAAUGUCCGUUAAGUAAUAAUUGGAUCAUGAGUGUGGAUAAUUUUUCUUGAUGUUGAAUCCUUAAUUUCGGGCGCUUAUAUGUGGAAGGCACUUUCACCUACUGUCUUUCCGCGCCCUUAAGACUUAAAUGUGAUAUAUUGGGUUUCAGUUUCGAUCUGGUGGCACUGAAGUAACAAAGUAAAAAUCACGACCUAAUUCAACGCGUUAUUCUUUAUGGACUAAUUUAAGCGUUUACGAAAAAUAUAAAUCAUUAGGUGUGACGGCAGCCAUGGGACGUGUCCUAGCUUUGCAGUUGAUAGAGUUAAUGUCACGGCAGGCACUGUUACCAUCGUUGACCAGAACUUCCAUGACACAAUUUUCUACCAGCAUGUCACCGACAAACUUUUCAUUAAAAUCUCUGGCUUCAAUGCAUCGUGUGGAAAAGUAAAUCUGAGAUGGUUUCUUCUGCCAGGAGCGUCCAGUUGCUCUGGUUCGUCACUCGCAAAUGGCGUCUUAAAAAACACCAACAGCCUGCAAACUUUAUCAGGGUUGACCUUUCAAGAUAAUAAAAGUUACAAAAUUUCCGUCGCUGCAUCUGACUUGAGGGACAAAGAACAACAUCGCGAAUGCAGUUUGGCUGUAAUCGUGGACACUUCAAAACCAACACACGGAUGGGUUCACGAUGGGGCAGCAGAGGACCUGGAUUAUCAAUCUUCCAAGCUUUUCCAAGUCAACUGGGGAGGAUUUCAAACCAGAAAUGGUGUUGACAAGUACGAGUGGAAAGUUCUUCUAACUUCGUAUGGGAGCUCUCAGAACACAGAGUUCACCAUUUUCUCCAACACGAACCUGAAUACUCGUAUGAACAUAACAAUUAGCAAUGUAACUGAUGGUUCCAAGGUCCAAUUUGUCGUUCGUGCCUACACAAAAGCAGGACUUUAUAGAGAAGUUAAGAGUAAUGGAAUAAUUUUUGACAGCACGCCGCCUAUAGCAGGAAAAGUCUUUGCUGGGACUAAAAAUACCAGCGACGUCAAAUACGCUACCUGGAGAAAAAAGUUUUUCGCAAAUUGGAAUCCUUUCAGUGAUCCUCAAACAACUAUCUGGCGAUACACAUGCGCGAUUAAAAAACAAGGUGAACUGUUUAGCACUGCCUAUAGAGACAACGCUCUCAAUCGAACAGCAACAUUUGGUGAAUUAAACUUAGUCUCUGGAGAAAAAUACUGUGUAGUCGUGAGAGGCUACAAUAUGGCUGGUCUGUACACUGAAGCUACUUCUCACUGUGUGUUGAUAGACUACGACGCUCCCCGGGCCGGCACUGUUAACGAUGGAAGUUUCGCUGACAUAGACUACCAAUCAAACAAUACCGUGCUAGCAGCAAACUGGAAUGGUUUCACAGAUGGAAACAGAGGAAGUGGAAUUAUAGAGUACAAGUACAAGAUUACGCAAGAGAAUGGAGUCACCAUUCUAAACUGGACAUCAGCAGGAAAUGCAACAAACAUUAUCGUGUCUGGUCAGUCCUUGGAGGGUGAUUCCAAACACUUUGUUACAGUCAGCGCAAUUGAUGCAGUGGGUCUUAGCGCCAGUACAACCAGUGAUGGGGUUCUUGUUGACAAUAGCCUUCCACUGAAAGGACAGGUUUAUGAUGGUAGUGAUCCAGGCUCAGACAUGAAGUAUGCCUCCUGGAAUGACACAUUUAGCGCAAACUGGGAACCUUUUAUCGAUGCACAAUCUCCAUUGCUCAAGUACUCGUGGGCAGUACAGCUACUGAAUGGUAGUUACGUCUCCUCUUUCAGCUCCACGGGACGUUCCCACUCCGCAACAGCAAGAGACCUACACUUAGUUUCUGGAGAACGUUACUGUGCCGUUGUCAAAGGCUACAACCAAGCUGGUUUAUUUUCGGAAGCCACAUCAGACUGCUUGCUCAUAGAUCACGAUCCUCCACAAGCAGGUAGUGUAAAUGACGGGUAUGCUGAUGACUCGGAUUACCAGUCAGACAGUACCAGCAUAACAGCAAACUGGAAUGGUUUCACUGACGGAAUCAAAGGAAGUGGAAUUGUUAAGUAUGAGUACAAAGUAUCAAACGCCAAUGGAAACAUCGUGGUCCCUUGGAAAAAUGUUGGUAAUGCGAAAAACAUAACUACCAGCUGUUUGUCCUUAAUUAGUAACACCAUUUACUUCGUCACCAUAAAGGCCAUAGAUGCUGUUGGUCUAAGCUCUAGUGCGACCAGUGAUGGAGUUCUAGUCGACACGAGUCCUCCUCGAGCGGGAAAGAUUUAUGACGGAGGUCACCUUGGUUCAGAUUCAAAAUACGAAACAUGGAAUGACACAUUCAGUGCAAACUGGGAUCCUUUCAUCGAUCCACAGUCUUUAAUACUAAAAUAUGACUGGGCGGUGAAAGAAAUGAGCAAUCGCUAUAUAACUUCUUUCUUCAAAAUUGGACUCAACACCAUUGCGAAUGUAACGAGACUGAAAUUAUUUUCAGGACAGAGAUACUGUGCAGUUGUAAGAGGUUACAACAGAGCUGGUCUUUAUACGGAAGCUGCAUCAAAUUGUGUUCUGAUAGAUCGUAACGUUCCUCAGGCCGGCACAGUCAAUGAUGGAUCACUUAGUGACGAAGACUAUCAAUCGAAUGACACCUUGAUAUCUGCCAACUGGUAUGGCUUUACUGACGGUAAAAAUGGAAGUGGUAUUGUGGGCUACAAAUACAAGGUUGUGGACGAGAACGGAAGCAUUUUUUUAGACUGGACAUCUGUGGGGAACGCUACAAGUUUUUCUAAAGGGGGCUUGCUCCUGAGAAAUAACAUCAGAUACUUUGUAACUGUUAAUGCAACAGAUGCCGUUGGUUUGAGCACGACUGCAUCUAGCGAUGGUUUUCUUGUUGACAUCAGCCACCCAAUCACGGCGAAGAUUUACGAUGGCAGUCAAACAGGAUCUGACGUGAAAUAUGCAUCGUGGAUCAAUACUUUCAGUGCUAACUGGGAACCUUUCCUUGAUGAACAAUCUUUCAUCUUGAAAUAUACUUGGGCAGUAUAUCAUCUCAACGUCGGUUUCAUCACACAAUUUAUCUCUACUGGUCUUAAUUGUUCUGGAACUGCAAACAACCUUAAGCUGAUUUCUGGAGAGAAGUACUGUGCUGUUGUAAGAGGCUACAACAAAGCCAUGUUGUACUCUGAACGUUCCUCAGACUGUGUACUUAUUGAUCGUGACGCCCCUCAAGCAGGGGCUGUCAACGACGGAAGCUCCAGAGACGUAUCUUACCAAGUAGAUUCUACCAUGAUUGCAGCAAAUUGGCAUGGUUUCACGGACGGCACAAAAGGUAGCGGCAUUGUAGAAUAUAAGUACAAGAUAACAGACAGCUGUGGAACGGCUAUUGUACCCUGGACAUCUUCUAAGACCGCGAAAAGUAUAAUCCACACAGGUUUAUCUCUGACGAUGGCCGAAAAGUACUCCGUGAGUGUCAUGGCAAUUGACGCUGUAGGUCUCACGGCUGUUGCCGCAAGUAAUGGUGUUAUUGUUGCCGUAGGUAAGAAGAGCAAUUUAUGCCUUUUUGAACAUCUAAAUGGUGCACGUGAAGUGGUAAAAAGAGACAAGAGUAAAAGU